AUGGGCAACCGAGUCUUACCCAAAGAUCUCACCGAGCGCCCCGUGGACUGGAAGACCACCGCCGCAUACCCGCCCGGGGACAAGGAGACGUCGCGCACGUACGGCUCCACACUCAAACUGCCGCGCCUGCCGGUCCCGAAGCUCGAGGACACGGCGGCGCGCCUCAAGGAGACGCUGAGGCCACACGCAUACACCGCGGCGGAGUACACCGCGGCGGAGAGGAAGAUCGACCAGUUUACGAGCGUCUUGGGGCCCGAGCUACAGAAACGCUUGUUGAAGCACGCUGAAGGGAGGGAUCACUGGCUGGAGCAGUGGUGGGACGAUCUUGGGUAUCUCGGUUAUAGAGACUCGGUCGUCAUUAACGUGUCCUACUUCUUCGGCUUCGAUCGUCAGCCCAAGCACCUUCGUCAAACCCCCGCCGCACGGGCAGCUGGCCUUGCCCGUGGUGCGCUCAUGUUCCGCGAGAAGCUUCAACGAGGGCUCAUCGAGCCCGACGGCACCAAGGAGGGCGUGUUCUGCAUGGACUCGUAUCGCUGGAUGUUCGACUGUUGCCGAGUACCUGGUUCGCAGGGACUUGACUGGAGCGUGUCAUACACAGGGAAGCGGGAUGAAGACCAGCACAUUGUUGUUUUCAGACGUAAUAGGAUGUACAAAGUAAAUGUUGUCGAGAAAGGUCGGAUCCUCAGCAUUGACGAGAUCGAAUGGCAAAUUCAGUCCAUCUAUGAUCAGACUACUCAAGACUACCCUGGGAUCGGUGUUCUGUCAGCAUCAAAUAGGGACGUCUGGGCGAAGGACUUCCUUGAACUUCUCGAACAUCCGGAGAACGAUGUUAUCAUUCGCGACAUUCACUCGUCUGCUUUCAUCAUCAGUCUUGACACGGAUAAGCCUUCAGAUCUUGUCAACUUCAGCCGCAGCGUUUGGCAUGGUGCAACGAAAUCUGGCGCACCGACAGGUCUACGGAACCGAUGGGUUGACAAGCCCCUUCAAUUCGUCGUCUUUGACAACGCUGAGGCAGGCUUCAUGGGCGAGCACUCUGUCAUGGACGGCACGCCCACUGUGCGAAUGUGCGACGAGGUCUUAGACAUCCUCCAUGAUCCCGCAGCUGACCUUGGCAAGGCACCAGCAGGUGUCACCAAGGACAGUCGGUCGCCAGAACCUCUUGACUGGCAUGUGUCGGAGACGACCAAAGGCGCGAUUGCAAAGGCAGACAGGGCCGCUACCGACCUCAUUGACACCCAAGCCAUGACAGUUUACCGUACGCCGUAUGGAAAGGCUGCAAUCAAGAAGUUUGGCGUCUCGCCCGACUCCUGGGCGCAGAUGAUCAUUCAUUUGGCAUACCUCCGGCUUCUGGGAGGCGAGCCGCGCAAGGGUGGCACAUACGAGUCAGCAACGACUCGUAAGUUUUUCAAAGGACGUACCGAGGUCAUUCGCGUCGUCUCCUCCGAAGCAGACGCUUGGGCAACAAGUAUGGACAAUUCGAACGCGAGUCCGGCGGAGCGUAAGCGUCUGUUCGACGCCGCUGGUAAAGUGCACAUCGCACGCGCCAAAGCCGCCGGCAACGGUCAGGGCGUGGACAGACAUAUGCUCGGCCUCAAAUUGCUGCUGGACAAAGGCGAGACAGUACCAGAGGUCUUCUCCGACCCAGUUGUGGCCAGAGCGAGUAACUGGGUGCUUAGCACUUCUGCCGUGUUCUCGAAACAUUUUGAGGCAUAUGGCUGGGGAGAGGUCGUCCCAGAAGGGUUCGGAGUGGCAUACAUGACUGGAUUUGAUGAUCGCCUCCAGUUCACCAUCGCGUCUCGGAAGGAGAUGCCGAACAAGGAAUUCAGUCAGCAGAUCGCUAAGGCUGCAGACGACUUAUACGUGCUCCAUGAGUCAUUGCAGAAAGCGAAACUGUAG